AUGGCAUCUCCCUUCGAAAGGUAUCGGCAUUGUCCGGAGACUGUCGACGCGGGGCUCCUCGAACAGGCGUUGGCGGCCAGGGAGACUUGGACGGUCGAGUGGAAGGGCGUGCAUGUGCUUGACCUCCACGAUGGGGGAAGUCUUCCUUCCUCGAAAGCCUGGGCUCAGGCUGCACAGGCACCGAACCCGGCGACUGCUGCGGUCAAUCCGGCAAUCCUCAGACUGCUCCACCAUCGAGCUGGGCUCUCGGACCUGCUGAUCUCCGCCGUCUGCGGCCUGGGACACUGGUACACGGUCAAACACGGAUGCUUUGUCGGCCGAGACGGGCAGGGCAAAGCCCAAUCAUUUGGGUUGAGAUCAACCACUCAUCAGGACACUGGGGGUGCAGAUGUGGUGUACGAAUACGCCCCCUCCGCAAGUGCGUGCACGCAUGUCUCGACGUCCCUGAAAACGGGCACGUCGACUUAUUUCUGCCUGAAUUUUCCUUCCUCGGCGGUUGCGAGACUCUCCACACACGACCUGCGCGUUCCGUUCAGGUUGGACGUGGUUGCUGCGGAUGAGACGCUGAGACUCUGGCAGCAGGAAUUGGUGACCAUCCGAGGCCGAAUGAAGCGAUUCGAAGCAAAUGAGCCUCACGAGGCUGUGGACUCAAUGAUCAGGGAGCUCCACCGGCUCUCGAGGAGUUGGCAUAUUCUGUUUCGCAAAGUUUCGGAGUUUCAAGCCCAUCUCGAUUUCUUGCAGGACGUGCGGAUCAGAUACGUGUCUCUCCGGCACGCUGCGGGAAUGCAAAACACAGGUCAGUCUCAGCCUUUGGAAGAGUCAGGUGAGUCUCUGGCGUUCCUUGUGUCGAGCUGUCGAUCCCUCAGACACCUCGUCGCGGACUACAGGGACCGCACAGCAACGCAGAUCAAUCUGCUUUUCCACCUCGCGAAUCAGGCUGAAAGUCGAGACAACAAAGAGAUAGCGGCGCAGAACAAGGAGAUUGCAGAACUCACGGCCAGGAUUGCGCAGCAGACUCAACGCGACAGUGCGUCUAUGAUCACCAUCGCGGCGGUGACCAUGUUCUUCCUUCCCGGAACGUUUGUGGCGUCGUUCCUGAGCACUGUGGCGUUCAACUUCGAUGGCACCGAUAUAAGCGUGUCCCGGAUGUGGUGGAUAUUACCUGCCACCGCCAUACCCCUGACUGUUGUUGUGUUUGCGGUCUGGCUAUGGUGGCUGCGACGGAGACUUUCGCAUGAUCAAACUGCUGUCGUGCUCAAAGAUAGUGUCAAGCGGCCUUGA